CACACGUGACGUAUAUAUAUAUACAUGUAUAUGUUUGUGAAGGAGAAAUGUUAGGUUUACGGAGCCGUUAGAAUGCAUUUUGUUACCGCCUGUAAUUAGAGGAUGACGACCAAGACCAAACUGGCAUGAUUAUCUUGUUAAGCUCAAGGGUGAAAGCCGCUGCGGCGUGAGAGUUGAAGACAAUUGGUCAGGGACCAAAGGGUGAAUCGGAGAACUCAAAAAAAUUAAAAAGAAAAAACCCUAUAUUGCCACGUGUUAGUAAUAAAGUGUCUUAAUCGAGAAUGCGGCGAGUCGUUUGAAUUUACAGGAAUCUCUUUUUGUAACCAUUUUGUAAAAUUUGAAAGCUCAUUCCUGUUUCUAAGUAAGAAAAUUAAUUAGAAUUUUGAAAGUAACAUAGAUGAUAAUGAUAAAAAAAGAAUAAUAAAAACAAAUCUUUUUCAUAUUUGUUUUUUAAAGAAAAAAACAAAGUCAAUUCUCCUAUAAAACAGCAAUUCUUGCCUUUUGACUCUUCUGCAACUGAAAGCUCCUUGUAUCUCUCCUCUAUUCUCUCUUAUCUCAACAAGCUUGCUCCACACUCAUUUCUUCUUUGGGGUUUUUUCCGGUAUUUUCAUUUGGGUCUUCGAUUUUAGUUUCAAAAUCGGUUCUUUUUUUUUUUUUUUGUUGUUGGUCUGUUUUUUAACGUUAUCUUUUUUGGCUUUUACCCAUCUUUAAUGCUAUUUACUCAAAGACAGACCCAUCAUUUCUCAUUCUUGUAGAAGUAGAGAGAUGGAGGUGAAACCCCUUUCAGUGAAAUAUACAGAGUACAAAACGGUAACUAAUAAGCUCGUUAGAGCAAAUGACUCUAAAGGAACAAGAAUCGUUCGGAUAUCAGUUACAGACGGUGAUGCAACAGACUCAUCAAGCGACGAAAAUGAGCAGCAGCAGUCUCUUAAUCAUCAUCAUCAAAGAGUGAAGAAACAUAUUAACGAGAUAAAACUUGAAGAUUGUGUGGAAUAUGCAAGCGGAAAAGCGGAUGCAAAAUCAAGAAAUAACAAACAACAAUCGAGAAGAAAAAUCACAAGAGACGAACAAUAUUACCCAGAAGGGAAAAGGUACCGCGGUGUUAGACAAAGGCCAUGGGGAAGAUUUGCGGCGGAAAUUAGGGACCCGGUUCGGAGAACAAGGAUAUGGUUAGGGACAUUUGACACAGCAGAGGAGGCUGCUAUGGUUUAUGAUAAAGCUGCUCUUCAAAUUAAAGGACCCGACGCUCUCACCAAUUUUACUAAACCACCGGUUAGAACUCCAACCCCACCUCCAGAUGUUGAUGUUGAUGUUGUUGCUGUUUCUGGGUAUGAUUCUGGCAAGGAAUCUCAUACUCUUAGUUCUCCAACAUCUGUUCUUAGAUUUCAAUAUCCUGAAGAAUCUGGAAAUGACCCACACCACCAACAGCAACAAGACUCAGUUCAAGAAACGAAGGAGAGUGAUGGAAGAAGAGAUCAAAAAACUGAACAGAAGGCGUGGGAACCCAUUGUUCAAGAGGUUAAAGUUGAAGAUUCAGAUGAUUAUGGCUCUUGUUUUGAAGAGUUUCUUGAUUUAGAUAAUCAUAGUCCUAUAUUUUUUGAUGAAUGCAGUAUACCAGAUACUCUUUUAAAAGAUGAUUAUCUUGCUGAUAUUUCUUUCCACUUAGAUGAAGAUGAAGAUCUUGGAUCUUGUUUAUGGGAUAAGUACUUCUGAUGAGAGGGUUUUGGACCAAAGAAAAACAAACAGAGAGAAAAAAAAAAAAGCAAAAACAAAAAGCUUGCACAUUUUGGGUAUGAAAUGGUUUUGCUGGGUAAAUUCCGAGUGGAGUUUUGGAUACUUUUGCUUGCUUUUAGUUUCUAGUUUUGUUUUUUAGUGUCUAGUUUUUAAGAGAGUGCAAAUAUUAUUAUCAUGAUUAUAAUUUAUAUUGCAGUGCAAAUAUAUUAUGUUUAAAAAACCGACCUUGUUCAAUGUUCUUUACUGUUUAUAA